AUUCGCGCCAGCGUUCAAUCUCGCGCGAAGACACCUGUGCAGUUGAAGAACGGCUUCUUUGGUGAGUGCAACCGAUAUCUGGGGCAGGUGUAAAGUUGAUUUCACUCUUCUACAAUCAUGACUGGACCCCCUCCCCCGAUAGGGUUCAUUUACGAGAACAUGGGAAUCGAUCAACCAUAUCCGACCGGAUACGACCUCUCGUACGGACCUGGGUCAGCCUUCAUGCCUCAACCCCAUAACCUUCCAGUAGAAACCAAAACUUCCGACUCUGACAGUAGCAGCAGUUCAUCUUCGUCCGGUGACGAGUAUGAACUUCCAGCUUCCACUGCUCAACAUCAGCAAUAUCACUUUUCAGAUGAUCUACUGGGAGGAUGCUGGCAGCACUGUUCCGCGAGCGGUCCCUUCCCGGCUGGGAUGGUGCGAGCCGGAGUCGAUGCCGAUGGGUCGCCCAUUUUUGCGGGCCGUGCCUUCCACGAGGGUGAAAUGCUUCCGGCCAAGGUCAUCCCUGCCCAGAAUGCUGCCUACAUUUGCUGGGGAGGGGAGGAAAUCAUGAAGGAAGAAUUCGAGGUUCUGAGGGCGGGAGAUUUCGUGUGGGAAUUUGCCACCGGAGGAGUCGUUCCGGAGGGAGCCGUCAAGAUUGGGGCCACCGUCGAUGGGGAACCGCUGUACAUGGGCCGUGCCCUGCACGCUGGAACGCAGACCCCCGGCAAGGUUCACUCUUCCCAUGGGUGUCUGUACAUUCCAUUCGGAGGUGCCGAAAUUAGCUACGCAGAGUACGAGGUGCUUUGCCUCAAGUGAAAGAGGGACUGAAUUCGCAUGAUAAAAAUAAAAGUUUUUUAAUCAAUUUUGUUUGUAAAAAAAAAUGUAUCAAAUUUUUCAACAGUCGGUUUGAUUAUACCAUAUCAAGUUUUUGUUUAUA